ACCUAAUCCCAAACUAAUUAUAACAUCAUUAGUCAAUUUUUUAAAUAUCUUUUUUUAUUGCUGCGUGUCAAAACAGCAAUCCACAAGUAAAAAAUUCCUAUUGCUGCUUAUAUAUUCUAGUCUCCGUUUCUUUGUCCUAUCUCAUUUUUUUCUCUCGAGAUUGGUUUGAAAUUUGAUCACUUAACGCAGCAAAAGAAGACUUUUGUAAAAUUUUAACCCAAGUUUCAUCUUAAAGGCCAGCAUACAACUUCACGCAGCUUAAAGUCUCCUCUGAAGAGUAAAUUAGGACGACCCACGAUUGCAAAAAGCUUGGAAUUUCAGGCAGGCUCAACAGAUAUGGAUCCUGGAAUCUGGAGCAUGCUACCACCAGAACUUCUCGAGCACAUACUCUCCUUUUUGCCUCUUAAAACGUUCUUGAAUUUGAGGUCAACUUGUAAGCAUUUUAAGUCUCUUGUAUUCUCUCCUUCUUUUAUUUCCAAACAUUCCUCUGGUUCUCCUUUCUCUUCUUUUUUGUUGCUUUCUCAUCCCCAGUGCUACGGUCAUUUUCCUCUUUACGACACUAUUGUUGGGGCUUGGCGCAAGUUAGCACUUCCCUUCUCUUUCUUGCCUCCAUAUGCUGCUCAGUUUACUCUUCUUUCGUCAUCUAAAGGACUUUUAUGCUUCUCUCUCCCAAAUUCAUGUUCUUUCCUCGUGUGCAAUCUUUUGGCCAAAUCUUCCAGGUUUAUUCAAUUCCCUUUCUUCCCUUUUGCUUUUGAGCUGCUUACUUUGGUUUCUACGCCAGAUGGAUAUAAAAUCUUCAUGCUUUGCUCAAACUUCUCUUCCAGUUAUGCUUUUGUGUACGACUCAAAGGUUCAUUCUUGGAGAAGAUUUGAUGGUUUUCGACCGCUCCUCAUUGACAAUUUCCAUCAGGAAGGCGCAUCCUUCAAUGGGUCUUUGUAUUUUACUACCCCAGAACCGUUUUCUGUGGUUUGCUUUCAUUUGGAAAGCGGAGAAUGGGGCAGACUUAACACUCAAAUGCCAGGGGAGCUUAUAUUUGUCAGACUGGCGAGUGAUACUGAUGAAGGGAAAUUGUAUUUGGUAGGGGGAAUUGGAAGGAAUGGAAUUUCAAGGAGCUUGAGAUUGUGGCAAUUGGGUAACGGAGGGAACUGGGAAGAAAUGGAAAGAUUGCCAGAAUUGAUGUGCAGGAAAUUUAUGUCUGUCUGUUACCAUAACUAUGAGCAUGUUUAUUGCUUUUGGCAUCAGGGAAUGAUCUGUGUUUGCUGCCACACAUGGCCAGAGAUUUUGUAUUACAAGGUUUCAAGGAGGACUUGGCAUUGGAUACCCAAGUGUCCCUCACUGCCAGACAAGUGGAGCUGUGGCUUCAGGUGGUUCUCUUUUGUUCCAGAGUUAUAUGCUUGGGCUUGAGUUACUCGCUUCUUAUCAUAUCUCAGUCACUGUUUUUCUUGUUUACAUUGGAAUCAGAAAAGGAAAAAAAAAAUAAAAGAGUGUCUAUUUUCGUCUCCUACUCUUGUCUAUUUGAAUUGAUAUUGCUCUUGUUCUGUUUGUCAAUCCUAGUUAGUGUGAUUUGCUAUGUACAAUUAGUUUAACAAGAGAUUUGUUUUUGAGGCUUUGGGCAGUAAGAUUUAGUUCGUUGCUUUUUUCAUAAUUAUGACUGGUAUUGAUGAAUUCGGAGAAAACUAUGUGGUAUAACACAAAAUGUUGGAUCUAUUGUCCCCAUUCCAGGACUCAUUUCCAUUUUCUCCGAGUUCAAACCCUUUUAUUUGUAUAUUUUAUUUACUCUUUAUGUUAUGGCAAAGGGAGACAAAGGCCCUCCAAAUGGAAGAGCAGGCGGCUUUGGAACCACUGGUUGAGCUGGACAACCGCUCCGUCUGUUUUCUUUUUCUUUUGUUUUUUCCCUACUGAAAUAUCCAAUAGGCAAUAGCUGCUCAAAGUCAACUGUUAUUGUUAAUUUUUUUCUUUUUCCUCAUGACCCAUACAAAAUGCAAAGAUUUAUAGAACAAGUGGGAAAAA